AUGGUGGACUAUCAUGACAUUCACGGCUACGACAACGCCAGCUUCGACCUGCCCUCAACCCACCGCCUGCCCACUGUCUCGGCGGCCCAGGCCCUGCAGGACUUAGAGGGUAGGAAAGGAAGCAAUUUCAUUUCGACCGGCAUCGAGUCCUUGAAUGCCGCUCUGGCAGCCGGUCUAGACGGUUCUGUCGCUGGUGGGGUCCACAAAGGACAUGUGACGGAGAUUUGGGGUCCUUCGGGAUCUGGAAAGACUGCAUUCGGCAUUCAGCUUGCCGCCACCUGCCUCAAAGAUGGACGCGGAGUGGUGUGGGUAGAUGCCUUUCAUCCACUUCCCAUCCAUCGUUUGCGGUCGGCUGUCCAGGGCAAAGACGCCGGCAAAGGUGAAGACGAAGGAGACUUUAGUGUCUUCGACGACUUCACCCAUUACACAUGCCCCAGUCUUCCUCACCUGAUUGCCCUAUUAUGCCGGCCCACCGCAUCUUGCAUCCCACAGGGCACGGCUCUAAUAGUUGUCGACACCCUCUCCGCCUUGAUUAACCAUGCCUUUCCGAAAGUGCCCGAAUCUCGCCCCUCAGGGGACGUAAAAGGCAACAAAAGUCCUCCCAUGGGAGCCCGCCGGCUCCAGGCGCUCCAAUACAUUGUGGGCAGUCUCCAGAAGCUGGCCGCAACUCGUGACGUCGCUAUUGUGGUUCUCACCCAGUGUGCCACAAAGAUGCAGGCGGAACGCGGUGCGACCCUGGUUCCGGCCAUCACGGCAACGGUAUGGGAACAAGGAAUGUCGACGAGGCUGGUGCUGUUCCGUAAUUGGGCUCAACAGGGUGUUGAGCCGCUUGGACUACGCUUUGUUGGAGUCCAGAAGCUCAAUGGAAAGGUCCAGUCCUCAUGGAUUGAUAGUGUUUGCGCAUUCAGGAUCGAAGAGACUGGCUUGGUUACAGUAGAGUAUGACACUACACAACAAACUGAGGCUCUCUCUUCAGUCCAGGCCCAAAAAAGGAAGCUGGGAGAUACCGACUUAGAGAUUGCCGACAGCGAGGACGAGGACUACGGCUGGGGUGAUGACGACGAGUUGCCACCCAUGCCGUCUCAAUGGCAGGGGAGCGAAGACCUCCUGCUUACAAGGGAACCUGAGAGCGAAGUGUAUGAGAUCGACGGGGCUGAUGAAGGCGAGGAACAGGAAGAAGAUCCCGACGACAACAUCAAGUCGGGCACGGUUGAGUUUUCACUUUCCCCGGAUUCGCUCACAACCUUGUUGGCAUGGGAUAGUGUAGGUAUCGUCGUCCGCUGUCUCAUUGAGCCACCCUUCCUUCAGCCGUUCGAGAACACCUGCCAAGAGACGAGUCUCAAAGCUCCGGGACAAGCGGUGUCAGUCGGCCCACUCCCCGUAAGGGCAAACAUGCCGUUGCCGGAUGGCGGCGGGGUAAAAUGGUUCGUCACUGCGUCCAACAGCCAGCAAACGGCUGACCGCAUGGAGCUUGUUUAG